UUAAGGUAGGUUGCAUCACCGCACAGUCUCCCCACUAACUACAAUUUGACAGUUUCUCAGGUGAGGCAACACGCUACAGGAGCUCUUUGAAUUUCUCUCGAGUUUCAGCGCGCAUUUCUCUGUGAGCCUGGGGUUGCUUAACUCAAAAACCAUUUACCAGAAGCCCUCACACCACGGCACCAUGAGCAAAAAGAAAAAGGAAUGGAGAGCGGAGAAAGAGCACUUACUCAGUCUUGGUUUAGAGGAUAGGCGCAAAGAUUAUCGGGGAAACUAUGUGCCACUGGACAAGAUUCCCACCUGGGCAAACCAUGACAAUAACACAGCUACUGAGGAAGAAGAACAGAAGUCUUUCUCCUUGGCUGACAAAGUGUCUCUGUACAAAGGUGACAUUACCAUCCUGGAGGUGGAUGCCAUAGUGAACGCUGCAAACUCUUCUCUGCUCGGCGGUGGAGGAGUGGAUGGCUGCAUACACAGAGCCGCAGGUCAUCUCCUGUAUGAAGAGUGCCACUCGUUAAAUGGCUGUGAGACUGGAAAAGCCAAAAUCACCUGCGGCUACGACCUUCCUGCUAAAUAUGUGAUCCAUACUGUCGGCCCAAUCGCCAGAGGAAAUGUGGGCCAGUUCCAAAGAGAUGACCUCGAAUCAUGCUACAAAUGCUCCCUCAAGCUGAUGAAGGACAAUAACUUGAGAUCUGUGGCCUUUCCAUGCAUAUCGACAGGAAUUUAUGGUUUUCCCAAUGAGCCGGCAGCAGAAAUCGCCCUGAAGACAGUGCAUGACUGGAUCCAAAGCAACCAAGAUGAGAUCGACCGUGUCAUAUUCUGCGUCUUCUUGGAGACAGAUUAUGAGAUUUAUAAGAGGAAGAUGUCAGAUUUCUUCUCCCCAGAUAAUGACGACCAUAAGAAUGAAAAAGAUGGCAGUAUGGACCAAGAUGAUGCGCAGCCCGUGGGAGAAGAGGAAAAAAAUGAUGCUCCUGAUAAAAAAGGUGAAAAGCAGGAUGAAGAAAUUAUGAGCCAGCAAGAGGAAUCCCAUAAGGAUGUGACGAUGGACAGCCAGGAGCCACAAGGCGAGAGCCCUGAUGCUGAAUCCAAGGACGAGGAGAUCAAACCUCCGGAAAAGGGAGACCAUACAGCAGAGGCGAUUCCAAAAGCAGAGAAGAAGGUUGAACAGGAGAGCGAACAAGAGACAGAGAAGCAGGAAGGCACGGGAGAAGACCCGCAAGCUGCAGGGGAAGUUAAAGGGGAUAGCCCAGAAAAGAAGACGCAGACAGGCCAGCCUGAUGAAGCGGGACAACAGAUGGAAGAUUUAAGAAAGAGUGACGACACCGGAGCAGACACCAGUCAGGAACCUGAGGUUCCUAUGGAGGUUCAGGAUGCUGAUCAAAGUAUCACAACAGACAAGGACAGCAACCCCACCAGCAGCACUACAGAUGAUGUGAAAGCCCACGAUAAGAGCUCACAAGAGCCCGAUACAACUCCACCAGACACCAGACCAAAUUCCGAAGAUGGCCAAGGUGAGAAGAAUGCAUGGGAAUGAGACGACAGUCAGCCUCAUGGGAACGAGUGCCGGCAAACUGUGUGAAGGCAAACAUCACACCAAUUUUGUCCCACGCCAGGGAGUCCCCCACAAACACUGGGAAAAGUGUUGACCCCCACUUCAUUCACCAUCUUUCCUUCUAUUCAACCUGUAUUUUCCUUUCCGCUCCCUCAUAUUGAUAAUAAAUCAGAUAUAUAGUUAAAUUAAAUGGAUCAAAUGAGAGUUUGAACAUAUCAGAGAGAUUGUGGCGCUGGAGGAGGGCUGCUAUACCUCACUGACAUGCUGCUUGAUCAAUAUAUAUAUAUAUUUUGUUCUUGAUGUUGUAGUUGUUUUCUUCUCAAUAUGGCAUCCUGGUGUUGGAUUUGAACUGGGUUGAAAUAGGUAGAUUGAUCAAAACACAUCCUAACAUCAUCUGGCCCCUUUUAGUUCCUCACUGAUUUGUGAUACUUCUGACAAAGUGCAAAGCCAAGGCUAAAUUUUCUAUCCCCAGGGCACUCAUAAUGCAAGAUUCAGACCAAAUAUGAUUGAAUUCUACAGCCUUGUUCAUUUAAGAUUUCUUUCAACACUAAGACGGCUGUAAAUGUCCAUUUGUGUGUGAAUGAGUAUGCGUAUAUACCGAUGAUGUCAUUUUAAAGAGGUUUUGGCUUUGUGUGUUAGCUUCAGAGCCAAGUCAGGUCAAACGAGGAGGUCCUAUCGAGUGGUGACAUUCCUCCCUACUGCACGCUAUAUGACAGAGGCGUUUGUGUGCUCAUCUGCUUUGAAUGACACGUCAUGCUCGUAGAGCACUCCUUUAAUCUCUCGAACGAGCAUUGAUCAUGUUUCAUCUUCAGAGCUGCUCUGACUACUGCGAAUGCCUGCUAAAAACAAACAAACAAACAAACAAAAAAACUGUUGUUUCAGACUGACAUGGCCGUUUUUGACGAGUAAGCUAACAAAUUAAUUCCCUCAAGCGUAUGUAGAUGCAUGCCAGCAUUGUUUCAAAUGUUUCAUUUAGUCUCUCUCAGUCUCCCUCCCUUUCACGUGCAUAAACAGAUCUCAGUUCCAAGCACUCAUGUUUUUACCAGAUUGUCUCUGCAUCUUCAAAAAUCUGCCUUAUUUGAAUAAAUAAGUAGUACAUAAUCACAAACUGGUGAUGGCAAAAAUAAACGGCAAAUAGUAAGUGUGUGGCUUUGAAUGAAUUAAAUACUACUUAAGAUGCUGAGUGAUGCAUUUCUUUAUUUAAACACACAAACAAAGUUUUUAUGUUCUUUUUUUUUUCUUUUUUUGGUUGAUAUUGAUUAAAAAUGUAUUAAAAGGUUGAUUUACUUCUUUAAGUGAUGUUAAACUGUAUAUCAGAUGAACUUCUGCCUUCAUCCUUUGAUGUUUGCUUUGCUAUAAAACAACUAUGAAUAAAGUUAUAAAGUUGUUUCCCUGGA